AUGGAUUCGAAUGAGGCACUGCAAUCAUAUAAGCAACCAAGCGUCAGCAGUGGCAGACAGUCGGACAUGUAUAAAACAACCCAAUCAAACGUUGUUGAGUGGCCUUCCCACCAUUUGGAGUCUCGCGUACGACCACAAUCAGAAGAACAGCCAACCUGCUCUCAACGGCAACCGAAUGAAAGUGUUCACGGACCACUGGAGGAAAUUGAGGAAGAGCGGCAGCGAAAGAAAGCUGAACAAAUGGCAUUCAAUAGACGUAAUGAACCUGAAGAUAAGCGUAAGAAGCGGUUAGCGGCCCAGGCCGAAAGAUCCAGGUUGAGAAGAAUGAAAGAGACCGAAGAGCGGAGACUGGAACGCCUCGCGAAUGAUACAGAAAGACGUAAAUUAAGAAGAUCAACCGAAACGGAAGAACAGCGAUCAUUGCGCUUGCGUUCAUUGGCAGAUGUUAGGAGAAAACAACGUGCACAAAACAACAACUUGCUCAAACAUCAUCAUAGCAGUCAAGAAGAACUUGGUGCAAACUCAAGAGAAGUUCUGGAAGAAAAUGUUACGGGCAAUCCUUCUGAUGUUGCGCGUAAUGAUGCAUUUGUUGCCUUCUCUACCCAAGAAGCAACACCUGAGAGACUCAAUACUUCCGAAGACGAGUUUCAACACAACGCAUCUGUACCUUAUUUGGAUGAGAGUGCUUCCAGACCUUUGCCUUCCACGUCUGCCUACGUACCUUUGAAAGAUCAAACAAUACAGUCUUUACAUGAUGAAUACGUACUACUCACUCCUGAUCCUGCUUUGAGAAUAGUACAUUUGAAUGGAGCAAUUGAGAACAACCUAAAUGCUUUGCCUCCUCAAAGCCUACCGCCCUUCAGUCACUCUCAUGUGGAACAACACUCAAAUAUUCCAUUCACUGUCUUACCAAGCACAUCCACGGAGCUGUCUCCGACCCAGGUAUGCUGA